CAUCAACAAACAAAUUCUGCUGCAGCAAUAACAUCGUCAACGUUGUUUUUCACCGUCAGUUGUGCAUAUUUUCUACCGCAGCCAUUUAUCAUUCGAUGACGUUCCUCAUCAUUUUAAUAUUGUUUUUUCGUCCCGACUCGAGUUUUCGUGUUUGUUUGUGUGAAGAGUCGAAAAAAACAAUAGAAAACGGACCACGAUAUUAAAAUCGAGGGAAAGAAAAAUCCGGCUGUUUUUGUUUUGCGGUAAAGUUAUUUUUCCGACCACAAUUUUUUUUUCUUUUCCCGACCAAGUUUUAUAAUCAUCAUCAUCAACCAACCGAGAAUCAUCCGAAGGGGAAAUCGGUGUUUGUUUCAAAAUUUUCGAAUGUGUGUGUGUUUCAACUAUUUCAACUUGUGUUGAUAAUGUGAUGUGGUUAUUGUGUGUGUGUGUGUGUGUUUGAUGUGUGUAAAUAGAUCAUCAUGAAUUCUGUGGUUACUAAAAUUCUUGAUUGUUGUUAUCAUUAUUCGAAUAAUAACAACAACAACAAAAUGUUGUUCAAACCACAAUCAUUAUCAUCUGAUUCGGAUGAUAUGGAUGAUAAUGAAUCAACAACAACAGCAACGACCAACAAAUUAUCAUCCAAAUCAUCAUAUCAACAUCGAAAUCGUUGUCCUCAAUCUUUGAUUUCAUCCGAAUCAUUACCAUUAUCAUCAUUCACAACGAAUCUUCCACAUUUAUCAUCAUCAAAUGAUGAUGAUAUUGACAGAAUAAGUCAAUCAAGUGCCUAUCAAUCAUUAUCAUCAUCAUAUCGAUCAGCAAUCGAUUCAAAUUUUUCAAUAAAAAUCAAUAAUAAUAAUAAUGUUGCUCAUCAUGAUAGAACUACUAUUACUGAACAUUAUUCAUUAUCAUCAAUAAUGUUACCUUAUCAUUAUCAUUAUCAUCAUAGACAUUUAUUAAAGAAUUUUUUUCAACGAUGCCUUUUAAUUCUGUUUUUAAUAUCAAUUUUAUUUGAUUAUUCUAAAUUUGUUCAUUGUGAUCGUAAUCGUUUUUAUCACAUAUCAGCAUUAUGUUUACGUGAACGUGUACAUCCAUUAUCGAAAAAAAUUGAUGGUGCUGUUAUAACUAGUAAAGCGGAAAAUAAUUUGGAUUGUACAAUAACAUUUCAAACGGAUACAAUUUUACAAAAAUUUAUGUUACGUUUUGAAAAAUUAGCAUUAGAUUGUAAUGAUCAUCUUUAUAUUUAUGAUGGUGCACAUACUAUUGGUAAUCAUAAGGCUGAUUUAUCCUGUCGUAGUACAAGAACUGAAGUUGGUACAAUUUAUACACAAAGUAAUUUUCUAACAUUACGUUAUCAAACGGAUGCCUAUUCAAAAGCUGAUAAUGGUUUUCGUUUAAUUAUUACUGCCUAUAAAGAUUCAAAAAACUAUUGCCGGGAACAUCGAUGCGCUAAUCAAUAUUGUAUAUCACGCGAUCUUGUAUGUGAUGGUGUCAAUCAUUGUGGUGAUAAUAGUGAUGAACAUUAUUAUGUCCAUUGUCAAGAAAAUGAAAUAAAUGAUACAAUAAUUGGUUUGGAUCCAAUGUUGUUCAUUGCAAUUGUAUCAACAAUAUUUAUAUUAUGUUUAACAUUGGUUAUAAUGGUUACAUUCUGUCUUUGUCGUCGUGAACGUUUAUUGAUUCAACAACGACAACUUCAACAACAACAAAUGGCCUUACAACAACAAUAUCAAUUACAUGAUACUGGACAUCAUUUGGGUACAACACCAUUGAUGAUGCAUCAACAAUAUCAUCAACAACAACAACAUCAACAUUAUCCAAAUAAUAAUAAUUCUACUUAUCAAACAAAAUUAGAUGGUGCUUGCACAAUGAUUACAUCAUUAGAUUAUGGAACAACAACAACAACACAAACAGCAUUGGCUGCAUUCGGUGCAUCAAAUGCAAUAACCGGCGGUAUGAUUACCCGAAAUGGUGGACUAGUCAAUUCAUAUACGCACACAGCAUUACCAAAUAAUAAUGUAAAUCAAAAUCAUUUUGCAACAUUACCACAUCAACAUCAUAAUCAUCAACAACAACAGGUUAUGUUACCUGGUCAACAACAAGGUUCACCUAUCCUUCAACAACAACAUGUCAGAUUUGGAACAUUACCAAAUCGUAGUGGAUCGAUUAGCAAUAAUAAUAAUUUAAAUAAUUCACCACAGCAUAAUGGAAAUUUAGCCGGAUUGAUGAAUACUGUUGUCACUACUACUAAUACAGGUAAUGGACAUGUAACAACAAUACCUGUAUCAUCAGCUAACAACAACAACAAUCUACAGCAAUUAUCAUGAUGAAAAAAA